CCGCGGAGUGCGGGCGGCCGGGUGCCAGCGCGGCGCUCCUUCGCCUUCUGCUCAUCCUUCGGGCGCCCUCGCCCACUUCCAAAGCCCAGCUCAGACUUGGGUUUCGCCGUCUGCCCCCGCCCCCCUGGUACGUGAAGAGGAGAUUUAAAAUAUUGCCUUUUAGGUGCUCACGAUGUUUCUCUGGGUUCGUUCAGUUGCCGGAAAAGAAUGGUAACAUGAACAGCGGAGCGUGAGAGCGUCACCSGAGGAAGGGGAAGAGAUUGAUGGGCAGAGCGCUGACUUCGCGGAGGAUCUCAUUCCGAGGACUACUCGGGGAAGGGACGUCUCGGCGCCUGCACUUCCUGGCUGGACUCCGCUGACAUCUGUAGCCUCCCUCCUCCAGGUUCCCAGGUCGCAGAGCCACUGCCUGCCCAGGAGUAUUUAGGCAGCGCGUGAGGAUCCAGGAGUUCGUGAGCCUCCAUCCAAACAGGAGUUCUGCCCUGGAUAUCGUGUCYCUGGAUCCCGGUGGAGCCCACUGGCAAGCUGGCUCCUGAGAGAGUUGAACUUGAGUUCAGAUGGCCAACUCCCUCUGAAUCGUGCAGAUUGGUGCUGAGCACGCAACAAAAGUUUGUAGCUUCCCCUCAGUUUCUGGUGCUUCACAGGGGAGAGGAAAGGACAUUGGCAUUAAACACAAGAAGCAGUCAGGGAACCAUCUCCUUUAACUUUUCUCCUCUGUUACCAUUUGCAAUGAAGAGGAAACAGAAGAGAUUUCUGCAAAUGACUUUGUUAUUCAUGGUGGCUUUAAUUUUCCUGCCCAAUAUUGGUCUCUGGUCUCUGUACAAGGAUAAGCACCUGGUGAAAUCUACAGAGCCCAGGGAGCAGCAGACAUUUCCACUGGGCCUGGGAGAUGGGCAAUUCUAUUCAUGGACAGAUGGUUUGAGAAGAAAGGACUGGCAUGACUAUGAAAGCAUUCAGAAAGAGGCUAUGCGCUCAGGGAAAGGUGAACAUGGGAAGCCUUACCCCCUUACUGAAGAAGACCAUGAUGACUCAGCAUACAGGGAAAAUGGUUUCAAUAUUUUYGUCAGCAACAACAUUGCUCUAGAGAGGUCCCUGCCUGAUAUUCGCCAUGCUAACUGUAAGCACAAGAUGUACCUGGAAAGGCUGCCAAACACCAGCGUCAUCAUCCCAUUUCAUAAUGAAGGUUGGACUUCACUCCUGCGGACCAUACACAGUAUAAUUAACCGAACCCCUGAGAGUCUCAUAGCCGAAAUCAUUCUGGUAGAUGACUUCAGUGAUAGAGAACACUUGAAGGAUAAGUUAGAGGAAUACAUGGCUCGGUUUUCCAAAGUGAGAAUUGUUCGUACCAAGAAAAGAGAAGGACUCAUCCGGACCAGACUCCUGGGCGCAUCUAUGGCCAGAGGAGAGGUGCUGACCUUCCUUGACUCCCACUGCGAGGUCAACGUGAACUGGCUGCCCCCACUCCUUAACCAAAUUGCACUAAACCACAAAACCAUCGUGUGUCCCAUGAUCGAUGUCAUUGACCACAAUCACUUUGGGUAUGAGGCACAAGCUGGGGAUGCCAUGCGYGGAGCCUUCGACUGGGAAAUGUACUACAAAAGAAUUCCCAUCCCUCCAGAGCUCCAGAGGGCAGAUCCCAGCGACCCUUUUGAGUCUCCUGUCAUGGCUGGAGGUCUCUUUGCUGUGGAUCGAAAAUGGUUUUGGGAACUGGGUGGCUAUGAUCCUGGUUUAGAAAUCUGGGGAGGAGAACAGUAUGAAAUCUCUUUUAAGGUUUGGAUGUGUGGAGGAGAAAUGUUUGAUGUUCCCUGUUCUAGAGUUGGUCAUAUCUACAGGAAGUAUGUCCCUUACAAAGUUCCAUCUGGGACCAGCCUGGCAAGAAACCUGAAACGGGUGGCUGAGACCUGGAUGGAUGAAUUUGCYGAGUACAUUUACCAGCGGCGGCCUGAGUACAGACACCUCUCUACUGGGGACAUCUCUGCCCAGAAGGAGUUGCGCAGACAGCUCAAGUGCAAGGACUUCAAGUGGUUCAUGGCUGCGGUGGCCUGGGAUGUGCCUAAAUACUACCCUCCUGUGGAGCCCCCACCUGCCGCCUGGGGUGAGAUUCGGAACGUGGCAGCGAAUCUCUGCGUGGACAGUAAGCACGGAGCCACAGGAACCGAGCUGAGGCURGACAUCUGUGUCAAGGAUGGUUCUGAAAGGACGUGGUCCCAUGAACAGCUCUUUACCUUUGGAUGGAGAGAAGAUAUUCGACCUGGUGAGCCACUGCAUACCCGAAAAUUCUGCUUUGAUGCAAUCUCAUACAACAGCCCAGUCACUCUCUAUGACUGUCAUGGCAUGAAGGGGAACCAGCUCUGGGGAUAUCGGAAGGACAGAACAUUAUUCCAUUCUGUGAGCAACAGCUGCAUGGAUUGCAACCCUGCGGAGAAGAAGAUUUUCAUGGCCAGAUGUGACCCUCUGUCUGAGACUCAGCAGUGGAUUUUUGAACACGUUAAUAUGACUGUUUUAGAAAAAUUUAGCCACCAUGCCAGCUCCUAGGAAGAAAGAAGGAAUGAUUACCUGCAGAUUGUGAACUAAAUUUUAGCCAGCAUCUGGGUCAAAGGAGUCAGGAAUAACAUUUCCUAGAUCCAGGCAGCCUGGUUUAAAGAUUUGUAAAUGCCAUGUCAAAGUAGGUUGUCCUGAGGAACUUCCUGCAUCUGAAGAACUUGGCUGAGAACCUCACCAGCUGCUUCUGAGAACUCGAGACUAGCAAGCAGUUCCCUUGCUGGCCAAGGGUGAAGAUAUUUAGGGACUUUUCGAAACAACUGCUGAGUUAAUAAAUCCUAGCAUUUCUCAGGUCAAAUCCUGCAGUAGUGAGUAGCUAUGAAUGGAUCCUAUUAAUCGGGUGGGAGGGGGGCGGAAAUGGAGUGCAUGACUGCUCUGACAACCUGAGGCUACCACAGGUUUAGAACUAGCCACACUUAAGGGGUGAGCGGUACUCUUUGGUGCCAUUCUCUAACUAAGAAUGGGUUAAGCAGGUUUAACCCUUAAAAGUGCUGCAGAUGAUUUUAGAGUGCUCAUACCAUUCUGUUUCCUUUUGUUUUAUUUUUAAACAUGGGUGCAAUAUUUAAUAGGACUUAAAAAUCACAUAAUGAAAUGGACUUCCAGUGUUCCCAUGUUUUCAUUUACACUUGCCAUUUUCCUUGUAGAGCAGAAGUUACUUAUUGUUCAUAAAAGUUCAUGCUCCAUAAAUCAGCUGAAGUUCUACUCAGUGCCCUUGUUAUGAAUCCAGUUAAGAACAACAACAACAACAAAUAAAACUAUGCUACCAAGUUACUCCAAAGAAAGAUUUCACAGAAGCAGCAAACCAUAAAAAAAAGAUUAAGGAGAUUUCUCUAGGAAAUCUAUUUUUACUUUUCUAUUAUUUUUAGAAUUUUUAAAGUCUGAUGUUUGUCCAGUCAUACUUUUUAUUAAGGAAGGAAAAUGGAGUGAGGUUGAUGUAAUUUGUUUAGGAGAUUCUUAAACCCAAAUAAAUCUACACUCCACGUGACAUGUAAAAAUGGCUUGGUUUACUUCAAUCCUAUUUAAUCAGUGCUGGGAACUUAGAGUGGUUUUAUUUCGUUAUUUUGGUGGGGAUUUUUUAUUUGUUUGUUUGUUUGCUUUAUAUUGUUGAUAUUAAUGAUGUUGCUGUUUUAUUUGGAAGCCCAUAAAAGGAGUUACCAUUAAUAAAGUGCUUCUGACACCAUUUUCUGUUAAUGGGACAAUAUUUCAGAGGUCAAGCAAGUAUUAAUUCAAAAACUGAAGUGUAAUAUUUAAUUCUUAAAAGAAUGAUUUACUUUUAAAUAAUCAUGGGUUUGGAGUAGAAUAUACAGGUAUCAAAAUGGGUCUAUAGAGGUUAGAAUCACAUUUUUUACCCAAUUUUCAAGUUUCGUCAGGUACAAGAAUGUUUUUACAUUGCUUUUGUUAUUUUUCUUUUAACUUGUCUUUUUCUGUU